AUGAAAUUCUUAAUAGAUGAUUUGCCAGUGAUAUUUCCAUAUCCAAAAAUAUAUCCAGAGCAAUAUGCGUACAUGUGUGAUAUUAAGAGAACCUUGGAUAUUGGGGGUAAUUGUAUACUUGAGAUGCCUUCAGGAACUGGUAAAACAAUUUCAUUGCUUUCUUUGACAGUUUCCUACCAAAUGUUUUAUCCAGAACAUAGAAAGAUUAUUUAUUGUUCUCGUACCAUGUCAGAAAUUGAAAAGGCUCUUAUAGAGUUAACCAAAUUAAUGGACUUUAGAACAAAAGAGUUAGGCGUUAAAGAAAACUUUAGAGGUCUGGGGUUAACCAGUCGUAAAAACCUUUGUCUUCACCCUAUUUCACAGGAGAGAAAGGGUAUCGUAGUAGAUGAAAAAUGCAGAAGGAUGACAAAUGGACAACUCAGUCUUCAAGUUGCCAAAGGAGAAGCUGAUAAAGAUCAACUAUGCUCGUUCCAUGAAAAAAUGAAUGACUUAGAUUCGCACGAGUACAUUCCCAUCGGUGUUUAUUCAUUUGAAGAGCUCAUAAAAUAUUGCAAAGGAGUAGGCAUUUGUCCGUAUUUUACGGUUCGUCGUAUGAUGUCAUUUUGCAACAUAAUUAUUUAUUCCUAUCACUAUUUAUUAGAUCCCAAAAUAGCUCAGAGAGUUUCGAAGGAACUUUCUAAAGAAAGUAUCGUUAUAUUUGACGAGGCACACAACAUAGAUAAUGUUUGCAUAGAAAGUUUAUCCUUGGAUUUAACAAAUGAUACACUUAAGAAAGCUUCCAGAGGAGUAAACAGUCUUUCCAAAAAGGUUGAUGAAAUCAAAAGAAUUGAUAGCAAAAAAUUGCAAGAUGAGUACGAGAGAUUGGUGGAGGGACUAAGGGCAACAGAAUCUUCCCGUAACGAGGAACUGAUCAUGGCUAAUCCUAUAUUACCGGAUGACAUAUUAACCGAGUCUAUUCCUGGAAAUAUUCGAAGAGGUGAGCAUUUUGUCAUGUUUUUAAAGCGGUUUAUUGAAUAUCUUAAAACACGUAUGAAAGUGUUACAUGUAAUUUCAGAAACACCGGCGUCAUUUUUGCAGCACUUAAAGCUUUUAACGUUCAUUGAAAGGAAGCCACUAAGAUUUUGUGCCGAACGUCUUGCUCUAUUAGUGAAAACGUUAGAACUAACUGAAAUUGAGGAGUUCAUAGCAUUGAAAGAUAUUGCAACGUUUGCAACAUUAGUCUCAACAUAUGAGACCGGGUUUCAACUCAUUUUAGAACCUUACGAGACUGAGAAUGCUUCGGGACCGAAUCCAAUACUGCAUUUUACAUGCUUGGAUGCCUCUAUAGCGAUAAAACCAAUCUUCGACCGUUUUUCCUCUGUUAUUAUAACAUCAGGAACUAUUUCCCCCUUGGAUAUGUAUCCCAAAAUGUUGAAGUUUGAUACUGUUAUACAAGAGUCUUACACCAUGACUCUGAGUAGACGAUCCUUUCUUCCGCUGAUUGUAACCAAAGGGUCAGAUCAGGUGUCCAUCUCUUCUAGAUUUGAGAUUCGUAACGAUCCCAGUGUUGUUCGAAACUACGGUACGUUGCUAAUCGAAUUUAGUAAGAUCACGCCAGAUGGGUUGGUUGUUUUCUUCCCUUCAUAUUUGUACAUGGAGAGUAUCAUUUCGAUGUGGCAAAAUAUGGGCAUCUUAGACGAAGUAUGGAAGUACAAAUUGAUACUGGUGGAGACUCCUGAUUCACAGGAAACCAGUUUAGGACUUGAAACAUACCGUAAAGCAUGUUCAAAUGGAAGAGGAGCUGUUCUAUUAUCUGUUGCCAGAGGAAAGGUUAGCGAAGGUAUAGACUUCGACCAUCAUUUUGGAAGAACUGUUUUGAUGAUUGGUAUACCAUUUCAAUAUACAGAGUCGAGAAUUUUAAAAGCUCGAUUAGAAUAUUUAAGGGAUCAUCAUCAGAUAAAAGAGAACGAGUUUUUAUCUUUCGACGCAAUGAGACACGCUGCUCAGUGUUUGGGAAGAGUACUGAGAGGCAAAGACGAUUACGGAAUUAUGGUUUUAGCGGACCGAAGGUUCUCUCGCAAAAGAAAUCAGUUACCAAAAUGGAUUGCUCAAAAUCUGUUAGACGCUGACACAAACUUGUCAACAGAUAUGGCGAUUGCCAAUGCAAAAAAGUUCUUGCGAACUUUGGCACAGCCAUCUAAUCCAAAGGACCAAGAAGGGGUAUCUGUAUGGAAUGCUGAACAGCUAAAAGAUCAUCAAAAAUUACAAACAAAGAACGUAGAAGCAGAAAUGGAGUUGGAUUACUUGAAUGAUGAUGAACUGGAGUUAGCAUUCGAGAAAUGA